AUGAGCGCCAUCGAUAAGCAGAGGGCAUUAGAGCGGCGGGUCGUGCCAGGAGUUUUGGCGGCGCGGGUGCGGCGAUGCGGCGGGUGCGUGGCGAUGGCGGCGGGUGCGGUGGCGAUGAGCGGCCGGUCGGUGGCGAUGGCGGCGGGUGCGGUGGCGGGUGCGCGGGUGCGGUGGCGAUGGCGGCGGGUCGGUGGUGGCGACGGGUGCGUUGGCGGUGGGUCGUGCCAGGAGUUUGCGCGGCGGCGUGGCGGUACGCACCCACUCUCACCAACCCCACAAUACCCCACCUCACAACACCCAGCACCCACUCUCACAACCCACAACACCCACCCUCACACACCCCAGCCCCCACUCUCACAACCCCACAAUACCACCCUCAAAACACCCCAGCACCCACUCUCACAACCCCACAAUACCACCCUCACAACACCCCAGCACCCACUCUCACAACCCACAAUACCCACCCUCACACACCCCAGCACCCACUCUCACACCCCACAAUACCCACCCUCACAACCACCCCAGCACCACACUCUUCACAACCCCACAAUACCCACCCUCACAACACCCCAGCACCCCACUCUCACAACCCCACAUACCACCCUCACAAACACCCCAGCACCCACUCUCACAACCCCACAAUACCACCCUCACAACACCCCAGCACCACUCUCACAACCCCACAAUACCCACCCUCACACACCCCAGCACCCACUGUCAAACCCCACCAAACCCACCCUCACAACACCCCAGCACCCCCUCACAAACACCCACAACACCCACCCUCACAACACGCCCAACACCCGCCCUCACAACACCCACCCUCACAACACCAAAACACCCACCCCUCACAACACCCCAACAACCCGCCCUCACAACACCCACCCUCCAAACCAAACAAUCCACCCUCCAACCCACAACACCCCAAACCCCACAACAUCCCACUCGAAAUAA